UGCCUUUCGUCUCCUCUACGCAGCCGACUUUGCCUUCUGAACUGCAUACAGAGAGAGAACCUACACUUCUACAGCCAUGACUGUCGUUUUGAAGAUGCUGUGCGUUCUGCUCUGUGCAGUGUUCACUUCUGCUGAUGUCAUGCCCAUGACUGACUUCGACCUGGAAAAGAUGGGAGGAAAGUGGUAUUUCAUUGGCUUUGCUACAAAUGCAAAAUGGUUUGUCAGUCACAAGGCUGACAUGAAGAUGGGAACUGCCAUGCUGGUGCCUACCGAGGACGGAGACCUUGAUCUCAGUUACACUAAUCUGAAGUACUUCUCCUGUCUGUAUUAUCAGUAUCCGAAAAAGCCUUUAGUUGGCUUUCCAACGGCCCUGAAGACCACAGCUACAUCAGAACAGCACUUUUCCUAA